CUUCCUCUCUCUCAAUCUCUCAAAUGUUCUUCUAACUUAAAAAUUCUUACCCAUCUACUUUCUAUUGAUUCACCAAAGCUUGCUGUAACUGAGAAUCAAUUCAAAUGGAGACGAAGAAGCCAUGCUUGAAUGUUGUAAUGGUCCCAUGGUUAGCCCAUGGCCAUAUCUCACCUUACUUAGAGCUUGCCAAAAGACUUUCCAACAAAAACCUCCAAAUCUAUCUAUGCUCAACUCCGAUCAAUCUGAGCUCUAUAAGGAAAAGGGUGACCCAGAAAUACUCUCAUUCGAUCAAACUCAUUGAAUUCCAUAUCCCAUCUCAACCAGACCUUCCUGAUCCCAGUUUCCACUCAACUAAUGGCCUCCCACUUCACCUCAACUCAGUUCUCAAAACAGCCAUGGAUAUGGCCAGUCCAUCUUUCAUUGAAAUCAUUAAAACCCUGAAACCAGACAUACUCAUUUAUGACUUCCACCAAGAAUGGGCCUCAAUUGCUGCAGCAACAAUUGGGAUACCAGCAGUUCAGUUCAUCACCUCUAGCGCUUCCAUCAUCUGUUAUUUCCGCCAAAAACCUCUGAAAGAGGACGAUGACUUCCCUUAUCCCAUCAUUAGUCUUCGGGGAACUUACUGGAACCAGAAAUGUCAAGAAAUGGUAAAACGGAGAAAUCAAGCUCGGAGUGGAGAAACAUCAGUACCACACUGUUGUGAGAUAAUAUUCGUGAAGACUUUUGGAGAAAUUGAAGGGAAAUACAUUGAGUUUGGAUCAAAACUAUUAGGCAGAAAGAUAGUCCCCACAGGUCCGUUGGUUCAAGAACCAGAAGAAGUUGAAGAAGAAGAAAACGGUGAAGAUGAUAAGGAGAUCAUGAAGUGGCUUAACAAGAAAGAGAAAUCAUCAACAGUGUUUGUGUCAUUUGGAACAGAGAAGUUUCUAUCGAGUGAGGAAAGGGAAGAAAUAGCAAAAGGGUUGGAGCUAAGCAUGGUGAAUUUCAUUUGGGUGCUUAGAUUUUCUCUUGAUGAGAAGAUUUCAAUUGAAGAAGCAUUACCCAAUGGCUUCCUUAAAAGAGUAGGAGAUAGAGGGCUUGUAGUUGAUAAAUGGGCUCCCCAAGCUAGAAUCUUGGUGCACCCAAAUAUUGGAGGAUUUGUAAGCCAUUGUGGAUGGGGUUCUACAAUGGAGGCUAUGACAUUUGGAAUCCCAAUUGUGGCUAUACCCAUGAACAUAGACCAACCAAUGAAUGCAAGGCUUGUGGAGGAGAUUGGUGUGGGGUUGGAAGUUAAUAGAGAUGAUAAUGGAGGGUUUAGUGGUGAAGAGAUUGCACAUUUGAUAAGGGAAGUCAUAGUUGGUGAUGAAGAUGGGAAUAAGAUUAAGAAUAAAGCAAGAGAAAUGAAACACAAAAUCAAAAGUAAAGGAGAAGAAGAUAUUGAUGGUGUUGUGGAAGAAUUGUACAAGCUUCACAAGAAGAAUAUUCAUGGGAAAAACAUGGAUUGAUAUUCAAAGUUGAGUUGAAAUUUAUUAUUAUCUUUUUUUUUUUUGGAAGUAAGAUUGAGCUUGAAGAUCUAGUAGAAUUUGUUGAAGUAAAGUUAAUGAAAUUAGUUAAAUAAAAAA